AUCACUGUGAUUUAAUUGUACAUUGAUUAUACAAUAAUGUUUAAUUCUAGGUCAUACCUUUGGUAUUCCUGAUUCUGCAAUGGGAAUCACAUUCCUUGCUGCUGGAACUAGUAUUCCUGAUGCUAUGGCUAGUACUCUUGUUGCUAUGGAUGGUCUAGGAGACAUGGCAAUAUCUAAUAUUAUUGGUAGUAAUAUCUUUGAGAUCUACAUAUGUCUUGGUGGUCUGUGGUUCAUACGAAGCAUUACUGAUGAUCUAGACCCCGUGGAUAUUUACAGUUCGGGGCUCACCUUCACGUCAAUGAUGUUGUUUGGAACGGUCGUAUUUGCAUUUGGUACGAUUCAUUUAAAUGGUUGGAAACUGGAUAAGAAGAUGGGCGUUAUAUGUACCUUAUGUUACGCUGUUGUUAUUUCGUUUGCAAUUAUGUACGAGCUUAACGUCUUUGCGGAUGUCAAUCCUCCCCCCUGCAAAUACUAAUUCAUGUAUUCAACUAAUAUAUCUACAGCUCGUGGAUUAUGCCUACUGCAUGUGCUUAUCAUUUGGCAUUGAACCGAAUCGGUUUACAUGUUUUUAUUAUCGCAGUCGCAGUCAAAGCAUUCAAAACCUUUUGUUUGUUUCUCUGUCUCGUAAAACAUUUAUACAUUUGCUAGUCUGAUGUUAAAUUUACAACUAUUUUCUCUAUUAUAGGCACACUUGCUCGAUAAAACAGCAAUCUGUUGGUUCAUGUGUGCCUCUUUUAGGGAUUUACAAAGUAAACAUGUCUAUUCUGUGGACCUCUCUAAUUUCCAAAGAGACAAAUUUUAUGUCAGUGAGUGAAAAUCUCAAUUUGUAGCAGCAAAAUUUAAAUGUUUUACAGUAUUUUGUUACUACGGUUA